GAAAGACCAAUCUCCGGGAGCAGCCUCGGGGUGGAGUCUCAGGGCGGGGCUUGGAGCGCUGGGCUGGUUCAAGCCGCCUCUGCUAGGGGAGUUCUGGGGCUCAUUCAAAUUUAGCAUAAUUAAGGCCUCUGAUCCGCCUUAGGGUUACGCCAGGAGGGUCCUUUAGGGCCCUAUAUUCCCGAGUGAAAUGGGAGGAGACUUGGAAAUUUGAAGAACCUUCCUCAGCCUUUCCUCGGCGUCCCUAGACCUAGGUGGGGGCGGCUUCCUCUGAGAUUGCGCAUGGGCGGGCUCCCAACUCUUCCCGGUCCCUAGAGGGAGGAACUGGGGGCCCGUUUUACCGGGAGGAAAUGAGGAGGGGCAGCUUCUUGCUGUAGUCAGAGUCCGAGCAGCAAUACGACCUCAACCUAUUUCGAGGUCUGAGGGUGAGUGACCUUGCACCCUUCACAUCACUGAGGGCCUGAGUUCAGAUGCCUUGAAACCCUGAAGGCAGGUUGUGGGUGUCCCUCGGGUCCUCUCACUUCUCCCUUGACCAGUGGGCAAGUGGACUCCCAGUGGGCCUGGUAGGGGCCCCACUGCGAGCCCUGCACGAGCCCUGCAUUUGCAAAGUGAAGACACUGAGGACCUCCAGGGCUUGUUGUGAUUCAUAAAAAAUCAUCAGGAACAGGGUGAAGCUAACAGAAGAUAUACAUUGUAUUAAAAUGACUUGUUUAUCUCUUGCAUCCCGGGGAAACUGGAGCGGCAGGGCAGCCAGACAUCUUGGGGCCACUAAGCCGUGCCCUCUGGCCUCAGUCUCUCAAACUGACAAAUGGAUGUCAUCUGCACCUUCCAGGGCCAUUCUAAGGGUGAUUUGAGUAAAUGAAUGAAGUAGGGAGCCCACCUCCAGUACUGCUACAUCCUUGUAGCAAAAGCUACAAAAAUAUUUAGUUACUAUUACUUAAUCUAGUACUUUUCCAGGUUCUGGAGCAGACAGUUGGUACCUACUGUUUGCUGACUUAAUGAGUCAAUAGGAUCCUCCCUCCUCUAGUUUCCUGUCUCCCACCCUCCACUCUGGGACCCCCACCCCCAAGAAGUUGCCAAGGGCUUGGGGGAACAUUCAACCUGUCGGUGAGUUUGGGCAGUUCAGGCAAACCAUCGACCGUUGAGUGGACCCCGAGGCCUGGAACUGCCAUCUACCUUCCAGAUCUGGGGGGCUGGUCGGACCUGAGCACAUCCCCUCCCUUAAGCCACAGCGAAGGUCACAAUCAUUGUUGGAAGGUCACAAUCAACAUUCAUUGUUGUCGGUGGGUUGUGAAGAUGGAGGCCAGACCCACCGAGGGAUGAAUGUCACUGUGGCUGGGCUGCACACAGCCUAAGGCGAGUGGGCUAGGGGACAACACCCACCAUGGAUUCCCCCCUAGAAUUGCUCAGCCUGUACCUUGCACUGAUCCUGGUCUCUCACCCCUUGGGGAGGUCUGGUGUUUGGGAUCCAGGUGGAAGCUGAAUUUGGGGCAGAAGUCCUGGAGGGUCGGGGGAGGUGGACAGCUGAAAAACCUUUCUGAAAGUAGGUGGUGAGCCUCGCUCUGGAGGGCUCCAUGUUUCUUGAAUGAAUGGUGUGGGUAGGCAGUGUAACCCCUCUUUUCUGUGUCCAAGUCUUGGACUCAGCUUUCUUACCCUUUCCCUGGUGCCUGCAGACCUGUUACCCUCAAGUACCCACCUUGGUACAGGCUGAUUUCUCCACCUGUGUGUCUUGUGCCCCACCUGGUGACUCCUGGGCAUAUUCUAUCCUUCUGAGAUUGAGCUGAGGUCUCAUUUGAGAGAGGGGGGAUAAAGGCACUAGUGAAUGCUGGGGGUUCCCCCAUUAGCUCAACCUGUACCUCUGCUCUCCCCUACUUCCCCAUCUCACCCCUCUUUCCACCCCAGGGCCAGAACAGGCUGCCUCUGCAGCACACACGCAGCCCUGGGGCUCCAACAACUGGAUGGGGGCAGUAGGCUUUUGUGUUAAGUCUUUGUGAAUAACCCUGCUGGCAGGUGGCUUCAUACCUCAAUUUGUUCAUCCUUUAAGAGGGGGUUCCACUGAGACAAUGAGUGUGAAAGUGCCCUGAAGGAGACCAGAGCUGGGCCCUUGUCCCUCCACAUGGAGCCUCCACUUCCAGAGACCUCUGGAAUAUCAGGCUCUUCCCCCGCCCCAAAAGGCCCAGGGGCACCUGGCUCCUCCCCCAGCCCAGGGGAAGGAAGAAAGCAGUUACUAAGUUACAGGUUACAGCAAUGCUUGUCUUGGAGGCAGGGCUUCCGUCCCCCCACCUCCUAAAAAAAUCCUGUGGGGCUGAGUGGCUGGCCUCCUCCAAGGAGGAGUAGGGGUAGCCCUCCCAAUGCCCUCUGGGUGGGAUGUGUGGCUCCAAAUUGUGGGUGCUCCCUGCAGAUUGUGUUCUGUCACGCAAACCCCCUUGCCCUCAUUCAGAGAUCAUGCAUCUCCUUGGCAGGUGCAUUUACAGGGAGCAGCAGCAAGCCCCCCUGUGACAAUAAGGAAUCUCCCACAGCCUGUUCCUCCCCCUUCAUACCCCCUUGGAGGUAUAAGGAGGGAACUGACAGCCCAGACUCCUAGGCUCCAGAGAGGGCAAGGGAGGGGAAGGGAGGGGCAGGGGAGAAGGGAGAAGGGAGAAGGGAGAAGGACGAGCUUGGCGCAGGCAGGGUUUCUUCUCUCUCUGCCCCUCUGCCUGGCACAUAUUGCCCAGCCAUGGGGACAUUUGAUCUAUGGACGGAUUACCUGGGUUUGGCACGUCUGGUGGGGGCUCUUCGUGAGGAAGAAGAGCCUGAGACCAGGCUGGACCCCCAGCCAGAACCAGCACCAGGACCAGGACCAGGGGAUCAGAGGUCCAGCCCAGAAUCCUCACCAGCUCCUGAACGCCUGUGCUCUUUCUGCAAACACAAUGGCGAGUCUAGGGCCAUCUACCAGUCCCACGUGCUCAAGGACGAGGCGGGCCGGGUUCUGUGCCCCAUCCUUCGAGAUUACGUGUGCCCCCAGUGUGGUGCCACUCGCGAUCGUGCCCACACCCGCCGCUUCUGCCCGCUCACCGGCCAAGGCUACACCUCUGUCUACAGCUAUACCACCCGCAACUCCGCUGGCAAGAGGCUGGCUCGGCCAGACAAGGCGAGGACCCAGGACGCAGGCCACCGCAGAGGAGGAGCAGGAGGAGGAGCCAGUGCAGGUUCCAAAGGUGCCGGGAAGUCGUCUGGACCUUCGCCGUCUUCUUGCUGCCCCUCCACUUCUGCCUAGGAGGCAGGUGCGGGGAAGAGGUGGAUGCUGCCUUCUCUUGGGGCUUGGGACCCUGACUCUGUGAACACUAGAUUUCGGGGAAGAUGCACCCAACGCGGCCCCGCCCCUGGACCUUCUCCAGGCUGGGAGCACAGUCCAAAGAGCCCUGUGAGGAAGGAAGUGGUCCUCAGACACCCCCAUCUUCCCUCCCCAGCACUGGACACCCAGUCAGUGCUCAAUAAAUGCUAUGAAUGGA